UUUUGAUCACAAGAGAAAAGUGACGGAGUAUACAGGCCAAUCAGGGGCGGGGCGACUUGUCUGAGUUGGCGUUUCAGGUUGACGCGGAAGAUGUCGAGGUUGAAGGCGCGGUAUCGGGUCUGUUGUAGCGCUACCCUGCUCAUCCCGUCCUCUGCUCGAUGAUCCUCUUCACCCGAACCGGCUCCCUGACAAACAACCUCUCUUCACUCAACAUCUCCUUGCUCUUGCUCAAAGCCCUCUCCAUCGUCCUAGGCGAGAUAGAAUCGACCGGCGUCUUGCUCCACAAAAGUGUACUGGGGAUCCCAUCUGCCGGCGUCCGACUCCUCUGCCUGUCCGAAGCUUGGGAUCUGCUCCGAAAAGGCAGGGGUUGCAUGGAAGGCCGGAUGAGGCGGAGGUCUCCACCAUCAAUACGUCUAAUCUUUUCCAUCAGCGGGCUGGCGUUACCGGAACGGCGGGCUCGCAUCAGAGCAAGGGAUGAAGCUGGUCGAACGGCAUCAAACGAGGUCGGGGGUAGGUGAGCUCGACUGAGGGCGAUCGAGGAGACAGGUCGAGCGAUAGGGGUAGCGAGAGGCGUGGUGAUGAACCCUUCGUGGCCCGGUAAAGUGGGCACAGAAGGACAUUUGGCGACGACCUUGAUA